UGCUGCUGCUGCUGCUGCUGUCACCCAAGGGCGCAUUUGAUAACAAUGCUAAAUCGUUUGUGUUCCUCUCGCACGGUUCCGUCGUCGGCGAACAAAACGUUACCGAAAACCGCGAGCGCUCAAUUCUCUCCGAUCGGACCCGCUGCAGACGAGUGGUCCGCGCGACACGGUACGACGACGACGACCGUUGGUAAACGUAUAAACGGCCGAGGAACCGCAUUGUUUAAAUAACGUGAAAAGCGGUACGCGUAUGUUGCUCGUCCGACACGGUCGUCGCUUUAAGCUCGGUGUUGCAACACACUACCGUCGGAUGUGAACUCCACACGGCUGUUUGGUCUGUUCCAUAUUUCAAAAUUCAAUUAGGAUCGAUAAUCAAUGUUUUUCGUAGCUGUUGGUAUUGUUACUGUUGCUAGCAUUACUUCUAUUAUUACUACUGUUAAUACUACCACUGAUCGUACUACUAAUACUAAUACUAAUACUACUACUACUACUACUACUACUACUACUACUAUUAAUAAUAAUAAUAAUAAUAAUAAAACUAUUGCUGCUAAAAUUAUCCAAAGAGUUGAUUGAUUCUGUCGUUGCUGGUGAGACAAGUGGAUUCGUGCAAAAUCCUUCGCAUACAUCUGCACAUCGAUCAACCCACAAGCCGACAGAAAAACGUGUUGCAAAAAUACAAGGAAUAUGCCUUCGGUAUGGGAUCCAAAGACCUCUGUCAAUGGCCUAAAGUUGAACCUGAUGUCGAAGUAUCACCAGGUCGCCAGUUGCGAUCACAUGUUCCUCUGUUAUGUCCUAAUUGUAAUCAACCAAUUCAAGGUAAGACUGAACAGCAAAAUGUUUGCGUAUGUUUGUCUUCAACCCCAACUACAUCCAGUGACCCUACCUCAUUUGCAAAUCAAUCAAAAAAAAGAAAUAGAAAAACCUUGCAACCACCAGAAACUUGUAAACGCCAAUUGUUUGAUGUAUCUCAUGAACAAUCUGAAAGCACGGUGAUUACAACUGAUAUCCAGAAACCAACAGUGGUGGAAAGUGGUGAAACUUCAUCUGACAUUUCAUCAGAAAAGUUACCAGAACAAUUGCCUGCUAUCAAUCCAAUGCUAAGAGGUCGACAUGUAUGUCAAGUCUGUUUUAAGUCAUUUACUAGUCCAUGUAAGCUGACUCAACAUUCUUAUUCACACACUGGUGAAAAACCAUUUGUUUGUAAGCAUUGUUCAAAAGCUUUUUCGUCAAAAUUUAAACUUGUUCGUCAUGUAUUAAUACAUUCUGAUCAACGUCAAUACCAUUGUACAGUUUGUGAUCGAACAUUUCACAGAAAAGACCAUUUAAAAAAUCAUGCUAAAGUACACAAUCCCAUAAAAAGAACUUUACAAUGUGAUCGCCCAGGUUGUUUAAAAGAAUAUAGUUCAGUGCUGAGUUACCGUAAACAUAUAGCUGUUCAUUCUGUAGAAGAAGGAUUCCUUGACUGUAAAAUUUGUAACAAAGUUUUUGAAUCCAAAGAUGAACUUAUGUAUCAUUUAAAAAUACAUUCUGGGUCAAGGGUAAUAAAAACACCUGCUGAUAAAAAAUAUCGAUGCAAUUUUUGUGAACGUAGUUUUUAUACAGGGAAGGAUGUACGUCGACAUUUGGUUGUGCAUACUGGUCUGCGAGAUUUUCUGUGUCAAUUUUGUCCACAACGAUUUGGUCGUAAAGAUCAUCUCACUCGUCAUAUAAAGAAAAGUCAUAAUAUUAAUUCGAGUAAGAAACCGAAACCAAAAAAACCAAAUGAAUUAUAUAAAAGUAAAUCAGUCGAAGCAGUUUAUCUUGAAACAUAUGGACAACCAUAUAAAGUAGAAAAAAAAUUAGCUCCAGAAACAGUUACAAGUGGAAGUUUGGUUAAACAAGAAAAUAUCUCUAUUUCAGAAUUAGAAAUGUACCAUUCUUCUAAUAUAACUAGUUUUAAUUAUAGUGGAGAUAACGAGACAGUUAUUCAAACUGUUGGAUCAUCCAGUGAAGCUAGUUUGCCCAGUAUAAGCUACGAUUCUCAGUCAUCAUACUCAGUUGAUGAACUCAAAGUGUUUGAUAGAACUUUGACCGAUCAGUUAGCUAACAAUUACCAAGAUUCAACUAACCCUGAAAUGCCUGGGUUAUCCCAAUUAAUGAGCUUAACACCGUCUUCUACUAUGACUAAUAUAGAAUCUGAUUCUUCUGUACUCACAAGUCAUGAGUCAACGAUUUUGAUGCCAGAGUCUUCUCAACAUUUAAUCAUGCAAGAGCAACCACAAAUUCAGGUUGGCGAAUAUCUUACAUCUUCAUCAGAAAUACUAUCAGCUCUGUUAAGACAAACUUCUGAAACAGGUACUACACCAUUACCAGGAUUUAAUCAAGUUUUUCAUCAACAACAAUAGUUUCAUUUAAAAAAAAUUUUAUUUACACAUAUACACAGUGCUCGACUUGAGGGGGGACGCAGUACCUUAAUU